AAGGCCGCACCUGCUGCACCGGUGCCACCGAAGGCUGCACCUGCUGCACCGGAGCCACCGAAGGCUGCACCUGCUGCACCGGUGCCACCGAAGGCUGCACCUGCUGCACCGGCGCCACCGAAGGCUGCAACUGCUGCACCGGUGCCACCGAAGGCCGCACCUGCUGCACCGGCGCCACGGAAGGCCGUGCCUGCUGGAACUUUUUCUUCAUCGAAUUCGUAUUUUACGAGUGGUGGCUUGGGUGUUGAACCUACUAGGACACGUGGUGAUGGCAGACGCAGCGGAGACCGUGGGUAUCACCGCGAGGCGAGUGGUGGUGAGCCUACUCGACGCAUGGGAAGGCCAACAACUUCGAUUACGGGAGAUAAGCGUCUUUCUCUUAAUGAUAUUGUUGAGGAUGUGGGACAGAUAAAGCUGGUGUUUGCUCAGCGUGGGACGGCGGGGUCUGUUGCCUCUGCUCCUGCUCCUCACACUGUUGCACCGCCUGUGCCACCAACUCCACCGCCACCGCCACCGCCACCGCCGCAAGCUGCAGCGACUUCCUUGCCGGCAUCUACUCCGUCUGCGGGCGAUGCAAGCGGCAGGCGUCCUGCAGUCCCCGUGGGAGCUUCACUGGAGGUUGAGGAUGAAAUUUUUUUUACUAUUGCACCGCGGAGAUCGGAAGAGAGCCCUCGGGAGGAUGCCUGGGCAAAGAGCGUCGGUUUUGCUGUGGAUGAGGAGAUCGAGAAUGCUCGUGCAACGCGGCCGCUUCUGCGCUCUGCCAAAGCUGCACAGGAGACGAGUGCGAAGCUUAGACUGGGUGUCGUGCCGGACAAGGAGGAGCCCGUGGUGGACGCUACCGUCGCCAAGCAAAACCUAAAGCCCCUCCCUGAGAAGGAAGCCGCGGGGAUCGAGCGUCACGAAAUUCCCGAUGGCGUCAGCGAGAGGGCCAGUGUUGCACAGAUGACGGGCAUGAAGGACGCCUCCGAGGAGGGAGAACAAACAGAGCCUUCCGCCUCGACGACUGCCUCGGAAGGGAAGGAGGAGGGGUCAUCACCUGUUUCACCGAAGGGAACUGUAACUUCAGCAAGAGAUAACGCGACGACGACGACGACGCCGGUGGAGCAGCCGCCGCUGGCUCCAUGGACGUCGAUCACAGAGCCAGAAGAUGGGGAAAACACGCCUUGGGCGAAAGUGUCUUUUGAGAGCGAUGGCUCACCGGUGGCGACCAUCCUCUUAGAGAGCCAACCGCCGCAUCUCAUGUCGCUUGUGAAGUUUUUGCAUCAGACCAUUACGGCCAUUGACGACCAGCACACAGCUGCGGGAACAACUACGGAGGUGCGGCUCACGACGUUCCCUACACUGGGCUUCUUCAACGCUAGUCACGGCCCGCUGGAGUCGGCGUCUGAGGAGCGUAUGGAGUUGCUUCGGGCCAAGCAGCGUCUCUUUGCACGCAUGGAGAGUGCAUCCAACCGAAUUCGCUUCGUCGCGGUUGUCCACGGCGGUGCUAUUGAGGACUUUGGCGCGGAAUUGUUCCUGGCGUGCUCGCACCGGGAGUUGCUUGGCACCACCCAGGCGACUUUUGGGUUUCCGUCUAUUCAGCUUGGGGAUUUUCCUGCGGCGGCAACCGUGCGACGGCUGGGGUAUUUCUACGGCGCACAGCGCACUCUUGAGAUGGCACCGAAGUUUCAUGAGUACAGUGUAGAGAGCGUCAUGGAGGUUGGCCUUCUCCGCGGCAGUUCUCCCUUGCCGGCUCCUUCGUUUCUGCUUCGCCUCGAGCGCGCCAUGCUCGCCCUUCUUUCUCGUCCCACGCAGAAGGAACUGCUGCUUCGUAAGCUCUUCUUCACCGGCGGCUUUGAGACAUCCACGGCCAUGGUGGGCCCUAAUCCACUCCUGCGUGCGUGGGGACGGUAUGCCAUGGCCGCUCUUGUGCAGGGGCAUGGCGCCGGCAGCGGUGACGCGGCAGCGACGCUCGCACGGGAAACGAAGUCGGAGCGCAUCUUCAGUGAGAUGGUCUGCACCACUCCCGCCAUUAACGCGGCCAACGUGUACACGCUGGGGCGUGAAAUGAAACGCCGCGUUCUUCCUUUGUUGCCCAGUCAACGCUUCGUGACCUUCCGCGGGGAGGAGAUGCGGUACUGGGAUGAAAAAAUGGAGGCUGUGUCCUCUUCCAAGGACGACUGCGCGGCCGUCUUGCUGGACUGCUCACAGCGGUCCUUUGCGGCAACCGCGCAGAUGGUGCACGUGCGCCAGGACCUGUUGAGGGGCGUCAAUGUAGUUCUUAUUGGCGAAGAGCACGUUGCACGUCCGAUCGUCGCAACGCUGCCAUGCAGUGUUGUCGUGUCGUGUGCCUCGCCGUAUCGCGUUUCUGCUCUUGGAACGCUGCAGGAGGUUCGCCUCUUUUCGCAGGAGAGCUGUCCCGCCGAGGCGUCUGCCGCCGCCCUUAACGCGGCGCUCACGUAUUUGCAGGCACAAGGGAACCCAUAUGUGGUGUGCCGUGGGUCGUGCUCCAAGCGGCUCAUUGCGGCUCUGGCGACGGAGGCCUGUCGACUCACGCAGCGGUGUGAUGUGGCGUGCAUUGAGCGCGCGGCCACGGAGGUGCUUGGCCUCCUCGUGGGGCCGUUUCACCUGAUUGACUACUUUGGCCCGGCAGCGGUUCGGCGAAUGCUGGACGACACCAAGGACAUGAACGCACAGGGCAAUCCCCUGUUGGUCGAUUGUCUGCCUGCGAUCGCCCAUCAUGCACUGCAGGCCAUGAGCACCGACGGCUACUUGGGCGUCAAUUCACGUCGUGGGGGCUUCUUCUUGUAUCGCGCAGACGGUACGACGAUCGCACCCAACGCCGAGGUGCCGCGCCUGUACUUUUCUCGCCCACUCUCCGACACCGAGGUGGCAGAUCGGCUGCUUGCAGUUGUGGUCAACGAAUGCUGCGAGCUUAUUCUCUCGGGCGCCGUGCGGAGCGCCACAGACGCGAACGCCUUGACGGUCGCCGCGAUCGGGUUUCGUGAGACGACUGGAGGCGCCCUCGCGCUGGCCGACAGAGCCGGCAUUUCCGCACUCGUGCAGAAGAUGGAGGAGCUGGCAAACUGGCACGGCCCGCACCUGCGUCCCUCAUCCCUGCUGCGGUGCAUGGCGCACUCCAAAGUGUCCUUCGCCGCCUUGUCGGACGCCAUGGUGCAGUCGGCACGCAUGUGA